GCUCUCACCGGUCUCAGACAGCCGAGUCGUGCCAGAAAUAAAUGAGAGUGUUCUAUAUAUUUAGAAUUGAGAUUUCAAAGAUAUAAACAUCCAGCAGCAUGAACAGCUAGACGCAUUUCGUAUCGCGCCGAUCACAAAAAGAGGAAGAAGUUCGACAAAAGGAGUAGCGAAGUCUCGGAAGGCGAUCAAUGUGAUUUGUGUCGAGUGCCAAGUGGUUGUUAAGUCGUUGCGUGACACGUGAAGUUGUGAAUUGUGAAUUGGAAGUGACAGCGUGGAUGUUCGUAUGUUUCGGUUUUGUUGUUCGUCCUUUGUCUUUGAUGGUACAGUUGGAUACGAGGCGGAAUAUUUGUUUUGUAUCCACAAGCCCGAAGCGAGAGUUAUCUGAAGGAAGACGAAUGACUGGGCAAAGAGCAUGUCAAGACCGAGCAUGCUCCGUACCAGACGGAGGGAUGUCAACCUCAAACCCAACCGGAGGGAUGCCAGAUUGUCGAGGUUGGAUCGGAAGUCGUCGCGUGGUAUGCUAUACGAGAAUGAGGAGUUGAGGCUGAAAACAAUCAACAUCAAUGCGGAAGUCGAAAGCAGGCAAUCAGAUAUAAAGAAACUGAAAAGGGAGAACGAAAUGCUGAAAAAGGGCCUUUGGUAUCUGCGAGACGAGUACGACAAACUGGAAAGACUGAUCAAAGAUAAAAAAAUCGAUUUCUCCUCAUCGUCUACGACGUGCACAAGCUCCAGCGACUCGGAUAGCUGCAGCUCGUGCAGUGACGACAGCGAAGAAGUAGAGACGACACAGAACAUGAAGAACGACCAACGUACCAACAUGACCCUCAAAGACAGAUUCGAUCACCUGUCAGUUGUCACCGAAGAGACAAGUGCUGAAAACUCGGAACCAAACUCCAACGGGGCGCAAUUUAUCAGCGAGGCGUGGGAUAAUUUUGAAAAUGAUAACGUCAUUAAGCCUGAUCAAAGCUAUCCCGCGUAUACGAAUCAACGUUUAUGUCAGCCUCACACGAUAUCAACGCAAGCGAAAGUAUCUCAAAACUUUUUCACGCCCAUCAAACCUUCAAACAGUCAAGAACAAGUGCAUCAGGUUGAAGGAGUUUUGUAUCCCAGCGAAGUAUACGAUGACUUUAUCAGCCCUGUAGGAAAUAUCCAAGAUGUCCAAGAAUUCCAAAACACGGAAAGCCUGCAAAGCGACCAAACUUAUUUCAAACAGCAUGAAGUUCCAUACCACAACUUCACCAGUAAGACGAUCGCUAGCAGCAAUGCGACUAGUUUCUAUCAAAACAUGGUGCCGGUGCCAAAAAGUACUGAGCCUCAAGCAGAGACUGAACCGUUAGAAAAGUCGGCGGCUGAUUUGAUAGUGAAGAUUGACAAUCAGAAUUUCAAUAACGGCUUGGUGUUCAGCAAUACGACGCCGAGUCACAGUACGUUUUCGAACGGUGGAAAUUUGGAGGAGUUGCUUCAUGAUAUCGAGUCGAUUUCUCAAAGGGGCGCUAACGACCAACAAAGGUUAUCCGUCGCCCGCAAUGAAGAAAAUCAGGAGGAAAAGCCGUACAAAAGCGAACUGAAUGUGGUGCUGAUGCCUAAUCCGAUGCCGCUCAUAGGAUUCGACAAGUACAGGGAAAUUAAAAGAAGUUUCGAAAGCGUCAACGCCAAACAACCCGAUGACACGAUGUCGAUGUCACAACCGGAACUACGCUUCAUUCCACCCGCGCCGCCCUUUCCGCAAGCGCAAAGUCCGGGAUUGCAAGCGCAAAGCCCCGAAAUUGCUGAAUGCGAAGCGGAACAGAAUCCGUUUUUCUUCGGUCAUUUCAAGGACAACUACGUCAGUUCGGAUUAUUUCAAUAUGAGGUACAAUCCGGAGACUUUCGAUAUAAAGGAGGAACAGAAGGAAACCGUAUCAUCGGUCCAAAAAUCAAGUUCGAAAACGAACCUCAUCGAGCUGACCUCAUCAGAGCAUGUUUCAAGUGAAAACGAAGAAAACCUCAGAUUUAGGGCACCUCGACCGGGACCAUCAGACGACAAGGAGCAUCAAAAGACUGACCCACAGAACCCACUAGGAAAAUUACCAAAGCUUACACUUAGGAAGAAAGUCAGUAUACAUUUCAAAGGCAAGAAAGACAAGACGAAAAAGCAGUCAACGGAAAGUUCGGACACGUCGACUACGAAAACAGAGAAGAAGCAACCCUUUGACGUAAAGUUUGCAGAGAAAGAGAAGGAGAAAACCACCAAAGCAACGUCGGCGAGUCAUCAGAAAACCCCUAGUAUAGAAUCGCGGAAAUCCACGACGGAAAAUGCGAAUCAAGAGCCGAAAACUCCCCCGACGAGCUCGAGCAGCGGCGAAAAGAGAAUAGGGGAGGCAGAGCGAAGUAAGGGGAGGAAAAGUACUUCGGUUAGCCCGGAAAGGAGUAAACACGUGCAUCUGAAAGAAGAAGAUUCUGGGAUAUUAGGCCCCAAUCACCAGUUUGUGGAGUAGCACCUUUUUUAUGUACCUACCUGAUGUGGCGGCAAACGGCACAAGAAACACAAAAAAUCGGACAGGAACCGCGUACGACGUGGCAGCUAUCUGAUGGAACCGCCAGGGAGAUCCUUCUCGGUUUGCACUGACAGGUCGAACACGAUGGCUGCCGGGAUAGGGUUCGGCUCAGGAUUGUUCUUCGACGAAGGUUCAGAAAGGGAAAGGACUAACAGCAAUAGCAGUGUCGAUCUUUCCGAUAACGCCAGGAAGAUGUCGACUGUGUCGAACAUACCUUUGAGUGGGAAAGUGCCUUGGUGUGGAUGCUGGGGAAACGGAUGCUUGUGACGUUAGGUUUGAGCUCAAAAAUUUAAUUGAUGGCAAAAAAUACAGGACAUGAUUCCUUAGCUCAUUUUAGAGCUGAAGAGUGUUGGAAUUUUGAGAAAAAAUUCGCGAUAAUUUCAUGAAAUUUGACAUGCAUCUGCUAAGCAUCAAUAGGCAUUUUUUGAUGUAGAAUAUUUUUUUUAUAUUUCUACCAGUGGCGUCCGUACCGGAUGUAUUCUGGAGAUUUUAAAAAAAAAAUGGUACUCCAUUGAUUUUUUUCCGAAAAUAUUUGAUUUUGCAAUAAAUUUGACCUUAUUUCGCGUAAAAAAUAAGAACCAUUCUCAUGCGUUUGUGCUAUAACAGAAUUAUUUUGUACUAGUAGGGUGGUGCCCUAUUUUGUUUUUAAACUAAUGACAUUUGAUCAAUCACGUUGCGGUCUUAUUUUGACAAGUUUUUUACAUUGUGAAAAAACUCAAGAGGUCAAAUUUGUUACAAAGUAUUUACGAUUUCAAAAAUGAUUUUCGAAAAAAGCAAUGGCGUACUUUUUUUACAUAUCCAGUAUACAUCCCGUACGGACGCCACUGGUAGAAAUAUAAAAAAUAGUCUUCAUCAGAAAUUGACCAUUGGUGAUUAGUGGGUGCAUGUCAAAUUUCAUGAAAUUAUCUAGAACAUUAUUAAAGUUAUAAUAAGAAAACGAUUUUUUUUUAAAAUUUAACACCCUGAAGCUCAAAAGUUAAGAGGUGUAGGACAUAUGUUCAUAUAAACUUUUCCUCCUAAAACGGAAUCAUAUCCUGUAUGUUUAGUCAUCAAUUAAUUUACAGCCUGUAUAGUUCAAACUACUAUUCCAACACUGAAAAUUACAAAAAAAACAAACCGUACGUGUAAGCUUAAAGGGGAGCUUCUACUUAGAAGAUAUAUAGUACAAGAUUGACGUCACGUUAUUGCUUCAGAAAUAAUGCACAACAGAGAUCAUUUACUAUAAAUUCCAUGAACAUGUUUGGCAAAAACUUGUACAAAAAAGUUAUGGACACCUCGCUUCGAUAACAGUGCCGAAUUACGACAGAUAUUUUAAUCAAUUUUGGUGGCCAAAACGUCAGUAAUUCUGGAUCUGUGAUUUUGUUUGGCGGCCAAUUAAAGUACAGGGUAAGAUUCAGCUGUCACAUUACAAUGUUUUAAUAUACAUCAAAUAUCUGAACGAUAUGUAAAUCUGGCAACUAUGCUAUUUUAAGAUAAAAAUGUAUUCUUGCGUUGUGUCCAAGAUGUUGGGGUGCAAUUAUUUAUAAGUCAAUGAUUGUAUUAUAGAAAAAUUGUUUUUUAUACGUGUAUAUUAUGAGAUGCCAUGCAUCACUGUGCCAAAAUUUUUACGUAAAUGUUCUUGUAAUUGAAACAUGGUUAACUUUUGUAUCCAA